GCUCAUUAAAUUCGAUGACUAUGAUCUUGAUUUCAUUUUACUUCAGGAAUGGCUCAGCUGCGUGCAUCACCAAGUUUUUGACCUGCUUACUUCAGAGGAUUGAGAAGCGAGAGCAAAAUAUUUAUGCUGUCAUUCCCUUGCAGGCAGCAUCUAUGCAGAACAGAUAAUGCUAAUCAUUAUGAUCUUUCUGAUAAAAUACAAACAUAUGAAGAAAGAAGUGAAGUUAGGUCUCUUGCUUUUACUCUUCCAUCCGUUUCUCAAUCCUGGUCAUGCAUGCAUUGCCAAACUGGAUAUGACUUGGGCCUUCUGAUUUGGGAAAACUGUAUGGCUAAAGAAGCAGCCGUUAGAGCCCUACGUAUAAAAUUGCUCUGUAAGAGUUAAAGGUGUUGAGUGUGAAAGCCCCUUAACUGCUGUUAAUAGAAAGAAAAUAGGUACUCAGGAGGGCAGGUUAAGCCUGCUGCUGAAUAGAAAGCACUCCAGAAGGACAGGCUGUUUUUGUCUAAUUCAUUUAAGAUUCUGAUGAGUCACCCCAGCUGGAAUCUGCAGUCGUGACUGUUAAGUGACAAAGAACAAGUAGUUGGUGGAUCUGUCUCCUUGGAGACACUCAGCCCUGGAGUUUACACAGAAAGUUCAACUCUGCUGCAGAAAAAGUGUUUCAGAAGCUCCAAAUCUUCUUCUGUCUAAUGAGCUUGGUUUUGGAAUCUGUGGGGAACGUUCUCAACAGUGCUAAUGACCGAGAAAGCAAAUUCUGAAAAAUUGGCAGUUCCAACAGGUGCACGUGAAGUACCCAUGGAGCCCGCUGUUAUCUGGAUUUUCUUGCAUGGUUUUCACGUGGUCAAUUCUGGAAAAAGAAGGACCAAGGUCACUCUUCCGAGGGCUGGGUCCAAACUUGGUUGGAGUUGCACCAUCAAGAGCUGUCUAUUUUGCAUGCUACUCCAAAGCCAAAGAGCAAUUUAAUGGCAUUUUUGUGCCCAACAGCAACAUUGUGCACAUCUGUUCUGCAGGUUCUGCAGCCUUUAUCACAAAUUCCCUGAUGAAUCCUGUAUGGAUGGUGAAAACCAGAAUGCAACUGGAACGGAAAGUCCGGGGUUCAAAACCAAUGAAUGCUUUGCAGUGUGCUAGAUAUGUUUACCAGACAGAAGGUAUCCGCGGCUUUUAUAGGGGCCUGACUGCCUCCUAUGCUGGGAUUUCUGAGACCAUUAUCUGCUUUGCUAUAUACGAAAGUUUAAAAAAGCACUUAAAAGAAGUCCAACUGCCCCCUUCUCCUCCUAAGGGGACCGAAAGGAACUCGACAAACUUCUUUGGGCUGAUGUUUGCUGCUGCUGUUUCCAAGGGCUGUGCCUCUUGUAUUGCUUACCCACAUGAGGUCAUACGGACACGGCUGCGAGAAGAAGGCACUAAAUACAAGACUUUCAUUCAGACAGCUCGUCUGGUAGCACGUGAAGAAGGCUAUCUCGCCUUCUAUAGAGGACUCUUUGCCCAACUCAUCCGGCAGAUACCAAACACAGCCAUUGUGUUGUCCACCUAUGAGUUAAUUGUGUAUCUGUUAGAAGACCGUGCAAAGUAGCAGAGCCAAGACUCCUGUUACAGACUGUAGACCAAUUUCUUCGUUGAACAAAUAGUCUUUAAGAGACUGAUGCUGGUGGAAAAACUACAAGUCUGUGACCACCUGCUGGAUAUUUCCUUUUGGAUUCAUGCUUUCUGAAAGGUCUCAAGUCAUUAACGUUAAUAGUUAAUUAUAACUUUUUUUAACUUAAUGAUAAUUAAACUGCUACUAAAUUAAAUUACACUAUUUAAUUUAAGUAUAUGUUUGUCCUUUUCCUUAAGCACAGCCAUAUGUGGUCAAGGAAUGUACCUCAUACUAUCAAGUGAUCUCUUGGACUGAUGUUCAUUAAAACUGUAUUAAAACAGGAGAACUGGUUUGGAAA